AUGUGGUUCCGCAAACGCGAAAGCGACAUUGAAAUGUCGGGUAUGAUGGAUGGGGAGCCAAAGAAAAAGAAGCCUCAAGGCCCCCCGGAAGAAACAGAGUACCAAAAGUUCGAUUGGAAAAGAUUCUUCCUCGCCCCCAAGUACAUACCAUGGCACAUACUGUUUAUCGUUAUCGGUAUCUUGACUGUCAUCAUCACGAUAAAACACGACGCCGUUGUUGAGAAAUUACGGCCGUGGUCCGAGAAAGUGCGAGAUCUACCAGCAGGAUGGCUGAUUCCCAUCGCUAUUCUUAUUAUCAUUUCUUUUCCCCCUCUGUUCGGCCAUGAGGUCAUCGCGCUGCUAUGCGGUGUCGUCUAUGGCCUAUGGAUUGGAUUCGCGAUUGUUGCAGCGGGCACGUUCAUCGGCGAAGUUGGCACAUGGUACGCCUUCAAAUACGCCUUCCGCUCCAAAGCUUUUAAAAUGGAGCGUACGAACUUGAACUACGGAGCCAUGGCACGUCUAACGCGUGAUGGUGGGUUCUUCAUCGUGCUUGUCAUUCGUCUCUCCGCCAUCCCAGCGCAUUUCUCCACCGCCGUUUUCUCAACCUGCGACGUCAAGUUCUGGCAUUUUGUCGUCGCUACUUUCCUUUCUCUACCCAAGCAGAUCUUCCUCGUCUAUCUGGGUGUGUUGCUCCUGCAAGAGAGCAACGACGACUUGAUCAAGACGGUCAUGUUUGGUGCUAUUUUCAUCAUCACUAUUGCCAUGGGUGUCUGGAUCUACAUGAAGAUGCGCACAGUGAAGAAGACGCUAUUGGAGGAGCAAGAGUUAAGGAGAGUAAAGAAGGCUGAGGCUGUGGAGCUGGUGCCAAAUGUCGAACGGGCUUUUGAUACGCGGUACGAUGAGGAGCCUGUGGCAUGGUCGACCAUGCAGCCAACGCAGGUCAGCAGGCCGAUGGAGAGGCGAUACGACGAGGAGCCUCCAGAAUGGGCUAUGGCGCCAACGCAGCCAACUAGAAUGGUUUGA